GCAUUUCUUGCUAUUUGAUUGGUUUAGAGAUUUCAUUCGUUUUCUUUACAAGACGGACUCCUUUACGGCAAAGCGUUUCGAAACAGACAGGACAGGACAGCAGUGUAGAGAUGAUUGAGGUUGUGUGUAACGAUCGACUGGGCAAAAAGGUCCGAGUCAAAUGCAAUCCUGAUGACACAAUUGGAGAUCUGAAGAAACUCAUCGCUGCUCAGACGGGAACCAGGUGGGACAAAAUCGUCCUAAAGAAAUGGUGA